AUGAAUCCCAAAUUGAAUUUAAUUUCCUUGACGCUCAUAGCGGAGCUCUUCCUACUGGUGCCUUUCGGGAAUGCUAGGGGCACCAUUACGCCAACGCAGCAGAAGAUCGAAAAGAGCAGAAACACCACAAGUAUCACCAGAAAUGGCACUUUGAUUCUGGAUGCAAGCGACCAGAGGCUGAACUCCACUAGCCUUUCAGUAUCCCAUGUUUCGGUUUCUGCAUCUGUUUCCCCUUCCGAAUCCUCGCCAUCUACUGUGCGGCAUAUCCGUCGCAAAAAGAGGGAAUAUGCAGUAGAUAUUCCAUUUGAUUUCUUCACGAACCAUAUGCACUGCGACAUGGAGCAAUCGGGAACCUAUAAGAUAAUGGCUUUUUUGCCUUUUAAUUGCAUUUGGAUACAAAACAAUCGGCACCAACACGAGGGGUGGUGGCGCAUAUACAUGCAGGCAAUGAUGGAGGCAUUCUUCUUUGGACAGUAUUAUGAGCGCUUGAGGCGCUUCGAGCUCGACCCACACUCCUUCGACUACAGAGGUGUGGGAUUUUAGUCUAGUCUCUAUAAAAUUAAU